AAACGAAUGGCUUUGGAACAGGAAGAAGAAUAAAAUCGAAACUCUCCUACUGCACGCGUCGUUCUUAUUCGAUGAGAGCUGCCAUGGGAAAGCCCGCAGCCAUUACUCGUCGCGUUUUCGGAAACGGGAGGAGUAUUUGGCCUCCGUUCGUGCGAUCACCAGUUGGUACAGCGCUGGGGUUUCUCGAAUCUGCUGGAAGCAAGAAGAUUUCUCGAAAUGCGCGAUCGCUCUCGUCGACGAUUGCAUCAAAGAAAAGAACUAGUUCUAUUUUAGCCGGCCACGGCGUGGACAGAAUGCCCCUCGCUGUCAACAAUCACGACGUCGGUUGUAGAUGUCAGGGCCCUAGACGCUUUUCGUCGUYGAGCAGGAGCAGCAGUAAAUCGAACAAACGGUUCAAUCUACGAGCUCUGCCAUUCUCCAUUUCACCAGAAGAAGCCCUCCAAUCCUUCAGGAAAUGGGCGGAGGAAGAUCAAGGUUUGCGAUACAUUAUGAAUUACAAUUCGGUGAAAAUUGGUGCUGCCUUUGUGCCAGUAUGGACAUUUGAUUUGAAUAUUCGGUUCAAGCAGCAGCGUGCAAGAGACAGAAGAUCAUCGCCAUCACCCCCUUAUUCAUGGAAGCCCUCCAUUUUUGAAGGGUACGAUCGAGUAGGUUCGCGGAACAACCAGGACGUGAUUCAUUUACCUGGUGGCCUCGCUGCCUAUGCAGGAUACUCAUACCGUCGAAGUUUGAUCAACCCAGUCCACUCGACGACAUUGAUAUUCAUGGAGGACCAAACGCAACCAUUUGGGUCAUGGAUGUUGAAGAAUAUGGUUUUGAAAGAAAGUGGAUAUCCCAUCCCCGUCAUUCCAGAUGCCUGGAACAGCACCCAAGGAAGGGCUUUUUCGGUGGUUAAGGAAGAGCUUCAGGGGAUUGCAGACGAAGAUUGGAAACAAAGCGGCCUGGAUUUUGGAGAUACACCACCGCCAGAGGUGCAGACUGAAGUAGUGGGUUCCAGAAGGAUAUUGAUGCCUACCUUUGUGAUUGAGUACACAAUUUUUGGUCUAGAAUACCAAGCCUUUGUUUCCGGAUGCGAUACCAGUGCGCCCGUCGGAGGUGUCUCUCACCAGAUUUUCGAGGGCAACACCAUCAUCGACGGUCUCUCCCCCGAGUUUCACCGCUCCUCCCGAAAGUUGUUGGUACAACUCUCCAGCGGGGCUUCGCACCUCCUGAAGACUUUCAGCCUGCCAGUCCUGGUUACGGUAUUCCGGCCCAUAUUCAGCAUCUUGUGGUUCGCGCUGAUUCGACUGUGGACAGCAACACCGAUCGUCGGCGUUGCGGGAGGACUGUUUGCGGGUUUUAGAAAAGUUCUUCAACCUUGGAUGGACAACAGAAAAGCGAGCGCGGAUUGGGAACGACAGCGGCAGCACGAGGCAGAGAUGGCCGAGGACGAGCACGAUGCUUUCAGCAAAGCAAAGAUGAACGACUUUUACGAUGCCACAGGCAGGGCUCGCAAGUUUUUCAACAAAAAUAGGGAAUCGAUUCUUCGAUCCCUGUCUGGUGAUACGACGCACGAAGAAGGGGAUUUUGAUUGGUAUUCUGAUUGGCAAGGUACGUGGGAAUAGCCGACUGUAGAAAACGUUCUUGCUGGUGGUAUCAAGAGCAAGUACAUGAUGAUCCUCAAGAAUGCGGUCCUCUCACGCUAGAAUUAUCUUUGGUAUCUGCUGUGAAUUUUAUCUAUUUUUCCAUCUCCUGUAUUUAGCCUGGGCGAAACAGCAAUGGGAGCAGCAGGAAAAAGCACAGCAGGCAAGAUCGCACGAAAAUCAGCAAAGGUAUCAGCAAUACUAUCAACAGGAGCAACAAAAGCAACAACGAGCGAAAUCAACGAAGAAAGACGAGUAUAAGUGGCCAUUCAAUCCUUCUGAUCCCUACUCGGUGCUUGGAAUCGAUCGCAACGCUACGAACACCGAGGUAUCGAAUGCCUUUCGGAAAGAAAUGCUGCAAUACCAUCCUGAUACACAACCCAACGCUACAGAAGCGCAGAAACGGCGUUCGACAGAACGCUCUAAGCUGAUAACAGAUGCCUACCGGAAAAUCAAAACAGAACGAAAAGCAAGGAAAUAGAUGGGGCGAAAAUGUCUGUUUUACAAUUUAAAAUAUAUGCAUCAAAUUCAC